CAUAGACGUGUGUAACAAGGUAAACAAGAGAAAUCGAACAGACCUUGACAAGUAAAAUGAAAACUGACACUCGGGAUAUUAUAGAUGAAGAAAUUAUUUUACGUGCUAAUUACGUUUUUGGACGCAUAAACCCUCCAGUAACGUGUAAUAGCGUCGACGAGAUAGAUGUCUUACACUUUGUAUCAAUAUAUUUGGUCCUUACAGAGGAGGAAAUUCCAGGGUCAAAGAAUAUGACUUCAGAAAGAACAAAGCAAACAAUUGGUCAGUUUAUGAUCAAUACCAUAUCGGACGACAUUCUCCACCUGCCAUUAGAUCACAUCACAGGCAAGGGCAUUGUCGAUAAAGACAGAAGAACUCUGAAAGAUCUGUUAGACAUUUUCAUCGAAUUGAUUGAAGCGUCAGACUUUGAUCCGGAAAAUGACACUCCUUCACUUUUGAGGGAUAGCAGGACUAUCCCACCAAGCAUCAGACAUGCCUUGAGAGAUAUCGAAGUAAGUGCAGCACAGAUGAUUGGAUCGAUAUCAAAAUUAAAGGAUGCUGCAUCAUCAAAAAAGGCACAGACAAGAUUUACCCAGACCACGCCUACACAGUUUAUGUCAUCAUCUACUAGUCCUGUUACAUGGGGAAAAGUUCUGUACAAUUAUCAAGACAAAGGUAAACAGAACAAACAAUUUGAAAGUCAGCUACCAUCAAGAAGAGCCCUAGGGUCAUUGUCUAACUAUUCUCCACGUCGUUUGACAAAAUCUUGCAAACUAAAACCCGUCAUCAGUACAAAAUGUAAACGCUCAAGUCCAGUUGUUUUCCAGAGGAAAAGGAGUACUGUAAAGCCAAGACCAGUCAAAACAAAGAUAACAAACAAAGAAAACAACGAACAAGCAUUAGGUGAUGAACUGGAAAAAGUUAAAGAAAGACGAAAAGAAAUCACACAACAAAUAUAUCAGUUACAGAACGAAGAUCAACGUUUACAAACACUUCAAUCCAUCAUGACAAAAGAAUUGAGACUGUUACAAGUUGGCAAUUCGAAAGAGCCAAGGAAAUUACAAAAAAGUUUGACACGACGGAUUACGUCGUCAGCUGUUACAAGACCAGUCUGUUUUAGGUGAUACAAAAGGAUGACCAGCUGACCUUUCAACUCUUUCUAUUGCAUUCU